GGUACUUUACCUGGAUAACUCGUUUUAACAACUAAAAACAACCAACUUUACUGUUCAAGUGAAGAUCUAGUGGAUCCAGUGUGCCGCCGUAAAUAGUCAGCCGUAAAUAGUGUUGUAUUUUUCUUUUAAGUGAAAACAUUACUCUUUAGUUGAACGGAAUUGCGUUGUUUUACUUUAGCUGUGCAGUGCGCUACAUAAUAUAAGAUAAAACGCAGCAGUGGUGAUGGUCUUUGCUAAUUUCAUUGAGUGACAAAUUUUAAAAAUUGCGUAUCACGAGUUUUAAGUAUUUAGCAAAAUUGAUAUUGUGCAAGUUGCAUUAUUUCCUGCUCACAGUAAAAUCUAAUAUGGCCUAUCAAAUUCGAGGUUUCAUUGUUUUUAUUAUACUCGUCAGUGUGUGUUCAAAGCAAAUCAAAGGAUCCUGCCUGAGCUACGGGCAUUCAUGCUGGGGAGCUCAUGGCAAACGCGCGGGCCAACCGGGGCAUAUAGCUUCCAGUGAUGUGCCGGGAGCUGUACAAUUUCAACCACAGCAGCAGCUGGACCAAUCUCACCCACUCCCAGCUGCUUUAAAUGGCGCGGAACGGUGGGCUUUGAUAAGAGUUUUGCCAGAAAAGAAUGCAUACUACCCUUUUAACAAGAUGAUAUACCCAUCACCAGCUAUGGAAUCAUCUACGUAUGUAUACAGCGACGGUUUAGGCUCAUUUGAAUCGGAUUCCUUAAGAAUUGGUUCAGAGUCACCCAGCAGUGCAGAAGGAAAAUUAGCGGAUAAUAGCAAUGAUUUGAGAUCCCUGGUAUCAACGGAACAAAAUGUACCACCCGAGGAUGAGCAACUUCUAACGGCAGUUGCCGUCCCUAAUAUACUGCGUAAAGAUCACCGCCACAAUAAAAAGACCCAAUCAAUUGCUGCAAAUCAUCGAUAUACUAGUUCGGAUAAUGGCUUCGAAGACAAUGCGAACAUUGCUCGAUUUUUACCAAAUUAUAACGACGUGAGUCAAAUAUUGCUAACUAAUGCAGCCGUAGCAUCUGCGGCAAGGUUGUCAGACAAUGAUGCAUUUAUUAAAAAUACGCAGUUCAAUCGGAAGCUGUUGACUGAUAACAAUAAAUCCUCGACCCUGCUAAACGCAUAAAUUAUUUGCAUAAAAUGAUUCCAUCAAUAAUCUAACGUAACAUUUCAAUCAUAACGUCAAGUUGUAAGCAGUCAAAGAGCGGCCAUUGUCUGGGGUAAAGGGAAAUCGGUCAAAAAUUCAGUUAAAAACAUA